AUGUCGGAGACCAACGAUUUACCAAGAAGAUUUUUCGCUCUUGGCCAUGAACCCGUCGGAUUAAGAGUGUCACCAUACCACAAACCCGGCGCACUUGGCCACAUACUAGAUUCACUCGAAGCAGACGAAAUCGAGAUCUUAAAAAGAUCACCGUUUGGAAGGUUCAUAGAGUUAGCCGACAAGACGCCAUACUCUGGUCGUCUAGGCCGAUACAUGCUUUCGAGGCAGUUGAAAGUCCGCAAGAAAUACGAAGCUUGGUUCCUGUUUGCUGAGAACCCAAUAAGGUUCUCACUAAGAGAAUUCGCCAUAGUCACAGGUCUUCCAUGUGGGAAAUACCCGAAACAACCGCAGAAAGAGCUGAAGAAUAUGAUUACUGAACAGCCCUACUACACAACACUUUUCGGCAUGCUGAAGGAGGUAACCGCAACAUCUGUUAUCAGGAUGCUCAAGCGCAAGACUAUCACCGACCGUGACACAAGGAUAAAGUAUGCUUGUCUUGCUAUACUCGCAAGUGUGUUACUGCCUACCACCCACGUGCCCAAAAUUCUAGUCGAGCACGCAGAAAAAAUCAGGGACCUUGAUGAGUUCUUCUCGUACCCGUGGGGCCGUGUAUCUUUCGAAAUGCUCAUGAGUAGCAUAAAAGAGAGGGAUGAGGUAGCUUUGUCUCAGAACACAAUCGCUCUGCAAGGCUACGUUCAGGCGUUGCAGAUGGUCAUGACAAAAGCCGUUCCAGCUCUAACUGAAGUUGUCAGUCAAGAUUCUUCAACGGAUGCUGCGGGUGACGAUGAUGGCGACUUUGCAUUCCCCCCACCCAAGAAUGGUAUAAAACCAGCUCACGCAAGAACAUUGGAUACUGCAGACAAUGUUCGUGUGACUCUGAUUAUCCCACCGGACACUGGCUUCGACAUUGACGAAGAUGAGCUGUGUUAUUCCGAGGACGAAGAUGAUGUCAGCGUAGAUAAAAUUGUUAGCCUUAUCAGAGACGGCGCUAGCUUCGCAAAGAAUAUGUUCAUAGGGGGGGCGACAAAUGAUGAUGUAGAACGUAUGAGACAGGAGGCAGAGGCUGAAGCUCUAGCAAAGAAGAAAAGGAAGAGAAAAACCCCUUGCCAAACGGAUCACCCUCGCUCAGGGGAAGUCAACCCAGCUGUCGUUGACCCCGCAACCGACUGCAAUAUCCAGCAAACUACGAGCCAGUGUAACCCUAUGACGCCAGCAGAUGAUACAGCAUACAUAGACCGUGUAGUAGCGAGUGUCUUGGAGUCUCACGGGGACGCUAAUGCAGAGGGACCAGGCACUGAGAACGCCACACCCGCGAUCGGUGGCGACACUGAUAUGAUCAAUGAGGACACAAACAUCACCCAAAAGACACCGGCGGAAGACAACAUCAAUGUUGAAAGCCAUGACGACGAGCAAAACGUGGACGUGGAUGAAUCUUCUCCAUCCUUCUCUCUUGGUCUGACGCAGGAUGGUGAGCCGUCAGAAGCCGGGUCCGAAGAUGAACAUAUGUCCUCAGAAGACGUGGAAACCCACAUUGAUGACGAAGCACCGCCGCCUGUUCCAGAAGCAGAUCAGACAAACGCCACAGAAGCAGAUCAGACAGACGCCACCAUACCAAUUAGGAAAAGCACCCGUCUGAAGGCAGUUACGAAGUCACUGGUUGGCGUGUACCACUGCGACAAGCUUAUUCUAAAUAGGUUCCGUGAGGCACAACUGGGCGCAAUCAAUAAAGACACCGCUACAGACUUGCUUUCGAAGUUCAGCAAAUUGCUCAAUAUUCUGAAGACGACAAAGUCUAUUACAGUAGAUGGCAUUACAGUCACCAACAAAGAUAUUCAAGACCUUGCUGGGAGGGGAAGGGCACUCUCGUCCAAGAUGGUCGAUGUACUGAUGCACCACUCUCAGGUCAUCACCUCGCAACUGCCAAACACCUCUAACAGAUGUUGCUUCCUCAACACGAAGUUUGUAUCUAUACUCUCCAAGAACUACUCAAGAUUCAACAAAUGCAUCAGGAAAGACGAAUUUGCCUUCACUCCUAACGCUGUAGAGUUCCUUGGCGACCCCGAGGUACAAGCUUUCGAGUCUUCACGUUUCUACCUACCAUUCAACUUCGACAGGAACUAUUGGACUGGCCUUUGUGUGGACUCCACUACCUGGACCCUGACUGUACUUGACUGCAACGCUUCCAUCAGGAAUGACUCGGCUAUGACGAAAGAACUGACUCCAAUUUGCCAGAUGUUCCCUUAUCUACUCAAACAAGCCGGCAGGAACAUGUGUCCAAGGGAGCUAAGGGCACUGACCAUUGAAAGGCCAAGAACCAUCCCUCAAAACCUCAAAACCACGGAUUCUGGUGUGAUGACUGCUCUUCUGAUGCUAGCUCACGCUGUUGCUGGCCUAGAGGCAUGCAAUUAUCUGACCCCCGAGGCCCUGGACCAAGAGGCUAAGAGGCUGGCUGUGAUGAUCUACGAAGAAAACACAGGGUCAAUCUGA